UCUAUUUCACAGGCACCUGGUAGUAAUUUCACUUGCGACCAGGCCUGCGGACACUAAUGGGUUACUGCUGACAGCUACCGGCACCGGAGACUGGAUAUUGACAAUCGUUGGUAUUUGCAGAGUCUGCGCUGCAGCGGAUGCUUGACAGAUGACAGCAGAGACGAGCGCAGCAACCAGAGCCUCCAAUAUGGCUGCACCCAUGGAACUUCCUGUUUUGGUCUGGUCGGCAAAAUAUUCCCCUGUGCACCACAGGGCAGCUCUUUGGUUCCUCCUUGCGCAGUGCUGAAGAGGCGCCACUGCUGGGGACUGAUGGGGCGGAGCUGCGACCGCUCACGUGCGCGGGAAACACCAGACCACUUUAACCUUUUCAGAUGUGACAGAGAAGACUUUGUGUGUGAAGGUUGGGAGGUCUCCGCCGCGGGCGAUCAUGAGGACGACCUAUUUAUCUGUUCUUCUGGAUCAUCUAAAUGGAGAUGCAAACACUUCCAGGUCGGCAGCCUUGUUAUAUCUCCGGAGUUAUACCUUAAGGCGCCCACUGCCAAGUGCAGAACAGAUGAGAAAGUAUUAUCCCCAAAUAAUAUCCAGGAGAGCUCAAUAAUGAAAGGCCCCGGCAAAGUGCAAGCAGAGAAAUCUAAGACACAAUCACCCGGAUCCUGUAGAAUGAAGUUUUCCUCGGCUAUGGAAGACAUUGAGAAAGACAAGAGGGUAAGACGACUGCUGAGCCUCGCGGAGGAGCUGUCAGACAGAUACAAGCUGGAUAGACCCAACGCUCCCGGAGAAAAGGUCAACAUCUUCACAGAACAAAGAGAAGGACAGCAGGUUGUGACAGAGAGUCCGUCCUCCGUACUGUGUACAAUCCAGAACAAUAAAAAGAUCAACCGCGAAAGUGCGACCGGAAGAAACACCGCCGACCCCAUUCAGGACUACAAAGAUGCAAUAGGAAAACUCCGGGACAAACAUGUCUUCAAAUCUUGUUCGAAUGAUUCCGAAAACUUGGCCAAAACAUCUUUUCACGGUCACAUUCAGUCUUGUAUCUCACAACUGUCCAAUCCGAGGCCGUCCCGGCCGGUCAGGCUCAUCUCCUGCGAGGACAACGGAGUCUUCCUGAAAAGUGCCAACGGGACGGUAAAAGGGCUGGAAGGACAACAUCCGAGAGUUCAGAGAGGUCAUCAUCGUAAGUCAUUCCCUGCCAGCCCGGUCAUCACCAUGAACAGACUCUCCAAGACGGACAGUGACAAAUAUGUCUGGAUCCAGAAUAGUCAGGAACGUUCAAAAAGCGCAACGUGUGAUGACAACGCGGGACUUGUCCGGAUAUAUCCUGCCUCACCGGGGAAAGAGAACGCUGGAAACAGUCAGGAUAUUUGGGGGUUUCCUGCUUUUCAUCCGUAUCCUAUGAAGACCCAGCAGAGCGGUCCGAGCUCCUCAAGGGGCCAAACGAGGAAUGAGAAGAGAAAUCUGUCCGCACCCGAACUACAUUCUUCUGAAGGCCGGAGACCGACAUCUGUUAGAAGUAAAGAUCUGGGGCCUAUAGGAAGCCCGGUCACUGUAGGGUUAAUGCUGAGCGCCAUAAGGAACCGCCUCAAACCGGAUCACGUCACUGACAGAUUGACGGAAGCCUAGCCAAGCAGAGAAGACGCGAAACAAGAAGACGUUCCCUUUGAUCCACGCCAGACAAGUUUCCAAAUAAAUAAAUUUUUAAUUAUGAUACAUUAAUUAUUACAAGUAAAAAUUUGCAUUUUGUUUUUUCUUCCCUUCAAAACAUAAGCACCAGUCUUGAUAAAACAUAAAGUAUAAAUCAUAUAGUGAAAUAUAUAUAUAGCAAAAUACCAUGUGCAAACAGUAUUUAGCACAAAACAUAAAUAAGUUCUUUAUUUUAUUUUUGUUAUUUUAAUUUUUUUUCUCUUUUGUACAUACUGAAUUAUUACGAAACGGGAGAUAGGUCACGCUGAAUUAGCUCGGAACAUUUUUUUCUUUUCUUUCUACUAGGUGAUUAAGAAAGUCCCGAAAC